UAUUUUUCCUUUUCUAGUUUUGUUUUUUUUACGCGUUUUGUUACCAUGACAACACCCACCAGGACUUUUUUGUGUGCGAGGGACGCGCUCCCCGCAAUUCAUAUCACAGGGCGACCCAAGAUAUUUGUAAAAGUUGAUGAGGACCUUGUUUUCAAGAACUUUAAAUUUUUUAGCGAAAUGAUGAAUGAAACGCAACUGAAAAACACCGAGCUGUCUGAAGAAAAUCCUUUGCGCCAACAAGCCGCUCACGCAGAAGUCGUAAUGUCUGAGGAGCUUAAGAAACUGAAACAUCAAGAGUUUGUCGACCGAAAGCGGCGUCAACAAUUGCGAACUGAUUGCGGGGAACUUCGAGAACUAGCAGAACAAUUGCGAUUGGCAGCUAUUACAAAAGAUCUCGAGGAUCAUAUGGCUGAACGGAAUAAAAGCCGUCAGCUGGCCAAGGAGGCCAAAGCGAAGGGCUUUGAGCGUGCCGAGGCUGAAAGGCUGCGACAGUUGGCCAAGGAGCAAGAGGAGGAACAGCUCAAAAAGGAACGUCAAAAAGUUUUACACGAAACUCUAUCCUCACAAAUUGAAGAAACACGGCAACGCCGUCAGAAGCAGUGCGUGCAGACUGCGGCAGAGCGAGAGGAACGGCUUGCAAUUCAAAAAAAAAUCCAAGAGGAAGACAGAGCAGAGCAACUGCAACUGAAUCGGUUAAAGCAAAAAAAACUGCAAAGCCAACUUGAGUUUAUCGAGAUCAAAAAGGAGUACAAUGAGCUGCAAAGGGCUAAGUCCGAUGAGAAUAUCGCCAAGGUUUUCGAGAAACAAUUGGAAAUGGCUGAGCAAAAGCGAAUGAUGGAGGAGGCAAAAAAGGAAGCGCAGCGCAGACAUCAAGAAAUUAGUUUGCAAAUUGGUAACGAAGUGCUGGAAAUUGAGAAUCGGAAACGCCAGCGCCACAAUCUGUUGCUAGAUCUGCUGCAGGCAGAGUACAAAGCCAAGGACGAUGAACGCUUCCGGCAGCAGCUGGAGCAGGAGCAAUUGGAGCGUCGGCGUGCCAGGCAGGAAUUGGAACGUUACCGGGCCGAUAUGAUGGAGCGCCAGUUGGAGCAAGCCCGUCUCCGGCAGAAGCAAAUUGUUGAAAGAACCCACGACUGCAUCGACAACCGGGAGAUCUUGGAGAUAUCAAAGGAGCGUGAACAACGCAAACAACACGGUGCUCUCCUUUUGUCCAUGAUCGAGGAAAAUAAUCGGAGACGUGCCGAAGCAGCAGCGGAGAAUUUACAAUUCUUUGAUCUAAAGGCCAAGACGGAAGCUGAAUUGCAAAAUCGGAUUCAGGAGGAGCGUCUGCAGAUGCUUGGUUCUGUGCCGGCAUCGGUGCUUCGAUAUCUUCCCAAGCAAGUGCUUUCAGACUCGGAUCGUGAACGUUUCAACUUACAGACAAAACAGCAGUCGUUACAACAUCUAAAUUUCAGCCAAAAACGAAAAUAAUCAAGUAAUCAGCACCUUGAGAAUCAUUGGUCGAGGUUAUUUAAAACUGUACAAAUGUUUAUGCGGUAGCAAAAUCCCUUAUUAGCUCACAUUUCAAAUAGCGA